AUGACUGACCUACGUUCAAUCUAUGAUCUAUCGUCAACUUCCUCGUUAAUCUCCUCCUCAAUCUCCCCUCGCAAUCAGAAGCGCUCUCGGUCUCCUGCCCCUCACCAGCUCUUCACUAGACAAGUUAGUGUGGCUACUAGCUUCCCUAAGGCUUAUAGCACUAAGAUAGAUGAGCAGCCUGCUCUGGCUACCCCCCGGUUGACUCUUACUAUCAGCAACAAGCGAAAGGAGCAGGCUACUCCCACUCUCGAUGACAUUGAUACAGUCUUAGGUAAGGACUAG